AGACAGCAUCUGUCAAAGCCCACAUUUAAACUGCUGCCUGCCUGUGCAGCAGCUGAAGAACUACGGGAUGGAUUUUAUAGAUCAGAAUCCUCGGCUGAAACAGCUCAAAACCAUUUCUAUUACUGCCUAGCAACAAUGAAGGAAGGAACAGAGGGAAAUCCUAUUACAGAAGGCAACGGAACCACUACGCGCUAGCACUCCCUGCUCACAUUACCAUCAGAAAUAUGGAUACUGAGGAGGAGAGAACACAGCACUGCAUUGUCCAGCCAGGGAAACAUCAGAUGUGAAAGCUCCAGUACCUCGGUGGUGAAAGCCAGGCAACCCCGAUCAGAAAACACCCGAGAACUGCUGUCCUUUUGUUUGAGGGAUGAACAAAAAGCCCUAAGACAAGGACAACACUUAUGAGCAAGGAAGGUAACACAGCAACCAGCAAACAGAUGGACAGCCUGGAAACCGUGGAAAGCAAUUGCAGGAAGCAGAGUGCUGGGGGAUGUGCGCAUGUUCGAUAGCAUCUUUUUUGCUGAAGUGAUGGCGUGCCAAAACUCUUUUCUGUCGGUCUAAUCUUCGCACCAUAAAUGGCCUGACCAGGGAAGAGUGAGCCAUUUGCAGACAAUUACUCAACACAAACAAAAGAAGAUGAAUACCAAAGAAUAGCAGUGGAUUAAAAAAAAACGAUUGGAAAAACACUCUGCUUGCCCACUGUCUCAUAUGCCAUCACUGGAUUCUUACAACAUGCUUCAGUGGAGAAGAAGACACUGCUGCUUUGCAAAGAUGACCUGGAAUACCAAAAGGUCUCUGUUUCGCACCCAUCUCAUUGGCCUGGUCUCUCUUGUGUUUCUUUUUGCUACCUUUCUGUUCUUUAAUCAUCACGACUGGCUGCCAGGCAAGGCUGGAUUCAAAGAAAAUCCCAUGGCUUACACUAUCCGAGAAUUUAGAUCUACAAAAAGCGAGACAAACCACAGCUCUGUAAGGAACGUGUGGAGAGACUCCGUCCCUCAGACACUCAGACCCCCAACAGUCACCAACUCCAACAACACAGAGCUGUCACCACAGGGAGUAACCGGUUUGGAAAACACCCUCAGUGCCAAUGGAAGUAUUUACAACGAGAAAGGUACUGGGCAUCCAGCUUUGUAUCACUUCAAAUACAUCAUCAACGAGCCUGAGAAGUGCCAGGAGAAGACUCCUUUCCUAAUACUGCUCAUAGCUGCAGAGCCAGGCCAGGUAGAAGCCCGACAGGCAAUCCGACAGACCUGGGGCAACGAAAGCCUGACACCUGGCAUCCAAAUUGUUCGUAUUUUUUUGCUGGGGUUGAGCAUCAAAAUAAAUGGAUACCUCCAGCGUACCAUCCUAGAGGAAAGCAGACAGUACCACGACAUCAUUCAACAAGAAUACUUAGACACAUACUACAAUUUAACCAUUAAAACUCUGAUGGGAAUGAACUGGGUUGCAUCUUACUGUCCACAUGUUCCCUACGUUAUGAAAACUGACAGUGAUAUGUUUGUCAAUACUGAAUAUUUAAUACACAAGCUCUUGAAACCAGAACUUCCUCCAAGGCACAAGUAUUUUACAGGUUAUUUAAUGAGAGGUUACGCACCUAACAGGAACAAGGAUAGUAAGUGGUAUAUGCCACCUGAUUUGUAUCCAAGUGAACGUUACCCUGUGUUUUGCUCUGGAACUGGUUAUGUCUUUUCUGGAGAUUUAGCAGAAAAAAUCUUUAAGGUCUCCUUAAGUAUCAGACGUUUACACUUGGAGGAUGUGUAUGUGGGGAUCUGUCUUGCCAAGCUACGGAUUGACCCCAUGCCUCCACCCAACGAGUUUGUCUUCAAUCACUGGCGAGUUUCUUAUUCCAGCUGUAAAUAUAGCCACCUAAUUACCUCCCAUCAGUUCCAACCUAGUGAACUGAUCAAAUACUGGAACCACUUACAACAAAAUAAGCACAAUGCCUGUGCCAAUGCAGCAAAGGAAAAAGCAGGCAGGUAUCGGCAUCGGAAACUGCACUAGAAGGGCAGCACUCCCUCUGUCAGCCCUGCUCCACCUGCAACUUGUAAAUACUGCUGAAAGCAUGUACAGUGACAAUGGAUGAGCUUCAUGGGACAGCCUUCAGUUGAUCCCCAUCACACAGUCAAGUUUGAAAAUUAUUUUUUUAAGUUUAAAAAAGAAAAAAAAAUAUAUAGAGUUCCUGGUAACACUAAUCUUAUAAAACUAUAACCAAAAGGGUUGCCCAGCAAAUUUGAGGAAAAAAGACAAUAGUAUGUAAGGAUUCUUGUGUCGAUGUGCAAUAAUAAGCAUGCACACUUUGGUGGUACAGUUGCUGAUUUAUGUGCCAAUAAAAUAUAAUAGCAUAUUUUCCAAACUAAAAUUGUAUUUUAAAAAUGCAUUCAUAGCUCCUACUUCUCUUCAAGGUAAUGAUUUCUUUUUUACCUAGAAUUGCUAUAAAGUCAAAACUGAAAAACUAUGGAAAAGCACAAGGGGCAGAUCAGCUUUACCUUUAAAUAUCACAUUAAAACUUCUUUCAUGUACAAUACAUGUAGCAAUUUAUGAUUUACUAAGACACUACAAGUGAAUGAUAAGACAGUAAGAAAAUACUUCCUUAAACUAGGUCCAGUUUUGAGACCUACUUACUGGCUGCUUAUUGUGGUUAGGAAAGAGGGAUUUAUAAAAAGUUCAGAAAAUAGCAGCUUUGUGCAUCACCAACAGAAAUGAAAAUGGUGUUCUAGACUAGAUUCUCCUCAAAGAGCUGACCACAAGUUACUUGAUUCUCUAGAAGACAGAGUGAGCUCCAAAAAUCUGGUGUGGAGCAACUUUCAUCUUGGCAUCUUCACACACAUUCAUUGACUCUCUUACUAAUUCCUCUACAUUACUUCAAGGCAGCUUAAAGGCUGUUCAGAACCACAAAAUGUGACUAAGUCGUUCAGAGCAGUGUCGAAAAUGUUCAAUUUGGGGGAAAGAGGGAGAAAAAACAAGCUUAUCUUUGUUGAUUUUGCUCUUUCCUGUCUAUUGUAAACAAAAUAAAAAAUAAAAUAAAACAUUGGUUGGUUGGGUCAGUGAGAGAAAACUAAGCCACACACCCUACUUUAUAGGUGGGAAAGACUGCAUCAUAGUAAGACUGGAGAAGUUCCAGAGAGCAGUAUGGGCAAGAACAAAAUCUGAGCAAUUUUAAAAAUUAAAGGCAAAUAUGUACCACUGAAAAUAAACUGUGAGAAGUAGGCUAAAUCUUUUUACAGGUUUUCAGUUUUCUAACUAACAGAACACUUAAGGUUUAUUUUCCAAGUUCACGUAGACUUGUUGCAGAUGCAGGUUAUUACUGUUUAUCACAGUGCCAGGGUAAGCAAUACCCACCUCUGAUUUAGCAGCAAAAGAGGGAACUGCAAUUAAUUUUCUGUUUGACUGAGACUUUUUAAUUUGAUAAAAUACAAAUAUUUGAUGUACUUUUAUUAUUUAAUAAAAUUGAUUAUAUUUAUGGU